GGGCUUUAAGCCACGGAUGCGAUCGCCAUCCUUCGCAAAGGGCAUGCAAGAUGACGACGGACAUGAAUGGUCUCGUAAUAAGACGUUGCUUCGUCCCGACGAUCAACUGGAUCUCACGGAUGCCGAGCUGAGUGAAGAAAUCCCCAAAAUUUUGACGACAGACAACACAAACGCGUUACGUAAUUUGGUCGUUUACAGCUUCAAGGAGGGAAGUUUCGUUCCUGUGCCGCCCCAAGAUAACACAGUGACGUUAUUUCAGUACGUGGGCACUUCCAUUCAUAAAGAUGCCCCGGAAGCGAGUAAUCAACAGUCCGUUAAUCUGUUUGGAGAAGAUGGCGCCGGAGCAAUUGCUGACACAAUUCAAGAAAAAUCCGAAUAUGCCAGCCUUGAUGAGACAAUUGAAGAAGGCGACGAAGAUGCUGCCGAAGAAGAAGAUCAAGUUGAAGGCGAAGAAAAAGAAGCUCCUGAAGCGGUAGAGCCUGAGGAAGAAGCCUCCUCAGCUCCGAAAAAAAAGUUAACGAACCAAUUCAACUUUUGUGAGAGAGCAGCUUUAACUUACAGCAAUCCAUCGAGAUCGGUUGAAACGCAAACAAUUCCUCCGCCUCGUUCGACGUUCGGUGCGAAUGUGCUUCAAUGGGAAAUUUACGAUUCGUAUGCUGAAGAUUACGCUUUGCAACAAGCCAAAAAGGAAAAGGAGAAGAAACCUACGGGAAGAAAAGAAGAACGUAAGUUUCGUGAUGAUAAGGCACGCGCUAAAGAAGAAGCUGAUCGCAAACGUCUUCAAGCGUGUCAAAUUUUGGAACGGAUGGUUAACCAAAAUAUUUAUGAUGAAAUUGCUCAAGAUUAUCGUUAUUGGGAAGACCCAUCCGACGAAUUUCGCGAAGAAGAAGGCACAUUAUUGCCUCUUUGGAAAUUCUCGUACGAAAAAACGAAGAAAAUGAACGUCACCGAUUUGUGUUUCAACACUUUGUAUUACGACUUGUUCGCUGUUUGCUUCGGUUCGUUAGAUUUCAUGAAACAAGGACCCGAAGGAAUGGUUUGUCUCUUUACCGUAAAAAAUCCUUCGUAUCCUGAUUAUCGCAUUUCGACGGAAAGCGGAGCGAUGUGUUGCGAUAUUCAUCCAAAAUAUCCGUAUUUGUUGGCAAUUGGCAUGUACGACGGGAACGUUUGCGUUUAUAACUUGCAAGUUGGCACAAAAGAUCCGAUUUAUAUGUCACAUGGCGUCAAUGGGAAGCAUUCAGAAUGCGUUUGGGAGAUCAAAUGGGGUCCCGAUAUGCAAGACGGAGAGAUCAAUUUUUAUUCAGUUUCCGCAGAUGGACGAGUUUUUAACUGGGUUUUGAUGCAAAAUAAGCUCGCAAUAACAACAAUUAUUACUUUGUUCUUGGAUAACGGACCUGUUGGAGGACCUGAUGGAACAAAUAUUCGUCUAAAAGGUUGCGGUACUUGUAUGGUCUUCCAUCCGAACAAUCCCGAAAUAUUUCAAGUUGGCACGGAAGAAGGAUUGAUUUUUAAGUGUUCAACAGCUUACAGUUCGAAAUAUUUGAUGACCUAUAAUGCUCAUAACUUGUCCGUGCAUCGAAUGGAUUUCAAUAAAUUCAAUUCGAAUAUUUUUGCUUCGUGCAGCGGCGAUUGGAGAGUUAAAAUUUGGGAAGAUAAGAGACCGGAUCCAUUGUUCAUUUUCGAUUUAGGAGCAAGCGUUGGAGAUGUCAAAUGGGCUCCUGACUCAAGUACAGUUUUUGCCGCCGUCACAACUGAAGGAAAAGUCUUCGUUUUUGACUUGAACGUCAACAAAUACAAGGCGAUUUGCAUCCAAUCCGUCGUUUCGAAGAAGAAAAAUAAAUUGACGAGACUUGCUUUCAACCAAAAGCUUCCUUUCAUUAUCGUGGGCGAUGACAAAGGAACAACAAUAACCUUGAAAUUAUCGCCUAAUUUGCGAUUGAAAUGCAAGCCGCCCAAAAAACAACUCGGCUUGGAUCAACACGCGCUGCAGGAGAUGAAACUCGAACGACUUCUCUCGCUCGUACGGGAAAUGCCCGAAGGCGAAACUGUACGCGACAACGAUGAAAACGAGGAGGUUGCUUCUAAUUAGUUCAAAAAAAUAGGAAAAAAACAACAAACACGUCACAAA